AUGAUAGAAGUUGAAAAACUAAAGCAUCUGCUUUUGAAUGAAAAUCAAAUAAAGAUCUUUGAAUAUUUACCUAGGCCUGUUCUUAAAGUGAACGAAAUAAACUUAAAUGAUGGCAACGAGCUAAAUAAUAUUUAAUUAAAAUAGAAAAAAGACAAAAAAUAUCUUGAUAAAAAUGAAAACAAAUUAUCUAAUAAUUAAUAAACAUCAAUCACAUUAAAAAGUGAAUAAAAAUUUGAAAAAUUUUAGUGUUCUUAUUUCGGAUAAGAAGAGAAAACUUAAAUUGAAAAAGCUAAAGAUGCUUAAGCAGCUUUCAAUGAAAUAAUAAAUGGUAAAUAGAUGUCUAUUUUAGAUGAAAAAAUUAUUUAGAUGCUCGAUAUUAAGCUAUUUAAUUUGUUUAAAGAAAAUACUUUUGAUUUUUAGAAGUAAUAAGUAGAAGAUGGAACAGAAAAUAAUUAAAUAGUUUUUAGCCAAUAAAACAUAAAUUAAGUUCAAUGUAGUACAAAUAGAGAUUUUAAAAAAAGUUUAUUUAAUAAGUGCGAAGAAAUAAACUCGCAAUUAUAAUUAGAAGAUGAUUGCAGGUAAUCUAAAGAAGUUUUAUCUUAGUGCAUUAUACCUAAUGAUGAUAAUACAAAUUUAGCUUUAUCAAAUAGUUUUUAAAUUGAAAAAGACAAAAAUUAAAUAGCAAAAUAUAAUUUUAAUUUCAAAUAUUCUCCUUCCUAUAUUCAAAAUAAUAAUUAGUAGGAAUCAGAAUUCAAAUAAAAGCUAUUUUAAUUAAAUUAAGAUAAAGAAGAAUAAUAAAAAGAUCAUUUUAUCAACAGGAGUCUCCCUUUUUAGCCUUAAAAAUCAUAUAAAAUAGAACCAAAAAACCUUGAAAGUGAACUUUGA